UCGUCACGUCCUGUGUGUCUCCGUCCUCCCUCUCUCCCCCUCUCUCUCAGGUGAUGGACACCCAGAAGGAAGCUCUGCGCAGGAUCAUCAGCACAUUAGCCAAUAAGAACGAUGAACUCCAAAACUUCCUGGACACAGUUGAAAACACGCUGACAGGCCUGCAGGAGGAGUCAUGUAAAGUGACGUCAGAUCUGGAGGCGGAGCUUGAGCAGCUUCGUUCUGCUCUUGAGGAAAAGGGGGCGGAGCUCCGGCACAUCUUAAAAGAGGAGAAGCAGAGGAAGGAGGCGGAGCUUCAGAAGCAGCUGUCGGAGGGAAAGUCUGCUCUGCUGUCGUGUGAGGAGCUGCUUGAGUUCGCUGAUCAAACACUGACCAUCACCAACGAAGAAGAAUUCCUCACAGCUGCAAAACAAAUCAAAGAACGGGUAACAAUGGCCCCGGCCUUCCGGCUGACGACUCGUCCGGCGGUGUCCGACAACAUGUCGCAGUUUACAGUCGACUUCAGCGCAGAGAGGGCGGGGCUUCAGCGACUUCACUUCCUGCCAGUGCCCAGAGCGCCAGAGAUCGACGUGUCCAGCUGCGUCGUCCGUGACAACGCCAUCACAGUCGCCUGGCGGCCGCUCAGUGAAGCAGACAGCAGCGGGGACGGCAGCGGACCAAUCGAACGCUACGAACUUGAAUACCGGAAAUCGAACCGCGACAGCUCGCUGAGAGCCACAGGAGAGGCAUGCUGGGAAAAGAUGAGUGACAUCAGAGAGACACGGGUCACCAUCUCAGGUCUGAAGUUUGAUUCGCCGUUUGUCAUCAUUCGGGUUCGAGCCAGAAACAAAGCAGCCGCUGGCGAGUUCUCAGAGCCCGUCGCCAUGGAAACCAGAGCGUAUAACUUCGGCUUCGACGCAGCGACGGCUCACGCUGAGCUGAAGGUUCAGGGCGACACGGUGACCUGGGAGCCUCAGGGCGUCAAAGGUCACGACCCCCGACUCAGAGCCAAAGAGAACAGAAGCAGCAGCAGAAGCGCCACGCCGUCGCCCAAUAAGACGGCAGCGAGUCGGGCAGGACGCGACCGAUUCGCUGGAGAGUCGUACACAGUGCUGGGUGACCAGGAGAUGAUUGGCGGUUCUUAUUACUGGGAGCUCCGCCCCCUGGCUGACUGGAAAUCAUUCAGUGUGGGCGUGGCCUAUCGAGCCAGCUUGGGCCGCUUUGACCAAUUGGGGAAGAGCGCUGGUUCGUGGUGUCUUUACGCUACCCAAUGGCUGCAGAGUUCUCUGGCCGCCAAGCACAACAACCGAGCGAAGGCACUGGAUUGGCCGCUGCCUCAGCGAAUCGGAAUCUACUGCGACUAUGACAGCGGUACAAAGGAAAUCCUUUUAUGGUUUUGUUUUUCACCUGGUGUCAGAUGACGCUUCAGCUGCGCUAAUGCAGCAUUCGUUAAAUCAGUUUCUGUAAUCAGGUAACAGGUGAUGACACAGUCCCUCUGCUUCAGUCUCACCUGUCCUCUAGUCUCACC